UCUUCACAGCAAUCGCUUGGUCCGGAAAUACAACUGAAUGGCCAUUAAGCAAGUCUAUACGAAAGGAGAAAUUAUUUGGUGUACGUGAAAGGGAGAGUAACAUGAAGUAGGAGGAGGAAGAGAGAGGGAGAGAGAGAGGGAGAGAGAGCGCCGGGGGUAUAGGGGUGGUCCAGACACUUCGUCCCACUGCAUCUCACAUACACGCAGACAGUCAAGCGCGUCAGAUCAAAAACCUUGCGUGGGGGAGGAAGGUCGACUAGCUUUGAAACAUGAUGCGCUAUAUCGGAGUAUUUCAUAUAAUUCUUCUUAAAUAUAUUUAUGUUUGUUUGCCUAAAUAUUAAACGUUGUUCCUGCAUGUACCGCCACAUGGAUGUACACUGUGUGGAUGUCUCUUUUCGUCUUGUCGCUUUUCGCCAAGAUGCCUGCUGUGGAUUUUGCGUUCUAUGGAAAACGGGAAGAUAUAAUCUUCAAGAAUAAGGAUUCGGCUGUUUGCUCGGAUUUAUGACAGCCUUCCGACAUAAAACUGACAAGCCAGGAUCAGAGGCAGCCAGCAGUGUCUAAAUGAAGUUUCCUAGCCAUGCAAUGUUCCUGGAAGGCUGUGAUCCUGCUAGCCUUGGCCUCCAUUGCCAUCCAGUACACAGCCAUCCGGACUUUCACCUCCAAGCCCUUUCACCUCUGUCCCAUGCCAAGCCCCCAGAACUGUGGCCUGGGAGCCCAGGACACGGACCCGUCUUUUGAACGUGGCUGUGAGGAGUACCCCUACUUCAUCUACAAUGCCUCCCGCAAAACCCAUAUUCUGGUGCUGGCCACCACCCGCAGCGGCUCCUCUUUUGUGGGCCAGCUGCUCAACCAGCACUCAGAUGUAUUUUAUCUCUUUGAGCCUCUCUACCACGUCCAGACGGCGCUGAUUCCACGCCUCUCUCAUAGUCGGAACACAGCAGACCGCAGGGUGAUGCUCGGGGCCAGCCGCGACUUGCUGCGGAGCCUCUAUGGCUGUGACCUUCACUUUCUGGAGAGCUACAUCAAGCCUCCCCCGGCCAAUCACACCACGGAUAAGCUGUUCCGCCGCGGAGCGAGCAAGGCGCUGUGCUCCCAGCCGGUGUGUGACGCUUUCGGCCCGGGGGACGCCAACGUGGAGGAGGGCGACUGCGUAAAGAAGUGCGCGUCCCUCAACAUGACGCUCGCCGCCGAGUCUUGCCGCGAGCGGCGUCACACGGCCAUAAAGAUUGUGCGCGUGCCAGAAAUCGGUGACCUGCGGGCCCUGGUGGAGGACCCUCGGCUCAACCUGAAGGUGAUCCAGCUGGUGAGGGACCCCCGGGGGAUACUCUCCUCUCGGAUUGAAACGUUUCGGGACACAUACCGGCUGUGGAGGAUCUGGAGGGCUACAGGGAGGAAGCCCUACAACCUGGACCUUACUCAGCUGACUAUGGUGUGCGAUGACUUCCUCAGCUCUGUGUCCACGGGCCUCAGCCACCCGUACUGGCUGAAAGGGAAGUACAUGCUAGUCCGAUAUGAGGACUUAGCACGGAACCCUCUGCAGAAGACUAAGGAGAUCUAUGACUACCUUAACCUGCCGAUGGACAAGAACGUGGUGGACUGGAUUCAGGCCAACACCAGAGGGAGUAGUGAGCUUUCGGCCAAACAUAAGUACGGUACGGUGAGGGACUCUGCAGCGAACGCCGAGAGUUGGAGGCUGAAGUUGUCCUUUGAGAUGGUGGACUACACGCAGACAGUGUGUCAGAAGAUCCUUAACAUUCUUGGCUACAAAAGUGUCAAGUCUGCAGAAGAACUCAAAAAUAUGACUCUUUCACUCGUGCAGGACAAAAGUUUUGUACCCUUUUCAUAACAAAGAUAGUUGUUGAAGACUAUUUUGAUAUAUUUAUAAUUGUUGCCUUAUGAUUAUUAAUGUUAUUUUGAGCUUAUGAUCUUCAUUUAUUUCCCAUCUCCUUUGAAAUUUGCACUAAGACUUUGCAGCCCAUGAAUUCCUGCUGUUUAGGGCUCCCAGCUAAUUUAGAAAGAGCACAACAAAAAUCAGAUCAGGGAAUGAGCUGUUUCUGAUCUGGAUUUAAUGUUGAACAUUUUCUUUUUUAAAGGACCGUUCUGAGUUAUUCCACUGACAUGAUAAAAUGCAACCACCUCUACCAACAAUCCAGACUCCUCAACGACUGGCUGUUGCUUUAAUGCCGGUGAAUGUUGCCAUAUUUCCAUCCAGGGCAGUAUAUGUGCUGAAUGAAUGCUGAGGAAAUCAUUCAUGACGUAGAAACCACCCUGUACAAAAGCAACUGUGCAAUAAAUGGUGAAUGUCGCAGUCUACCUUUAACAUUAUUGUGAUUGAUGCAGGGUAGCGUCAGAUGGUGUACUAAAAAGAUUUCACAUGAAAAUGAUUUAAUCUCCUCUGAAAUGUACCUGAUGUGGCCUAAGCGUCUAAAAUUAGACGCCUCUUGAGCUAUUAAUUCUCUAAAUGCAUUGUAUAGACGUGAAGUCCUGUCAAUGGCAGGAAGUGUACAUAUUACAUCAGAAUUUCAGGCUGGUCUGUAGAUGGUCGCCAUUGAGAUGCAGAGCACAAAGGCACAGAGCUUUGAUCUGCCUGACUGCCAUGGCUGGAAUCCCACUCUCUCUUUUCAGAGACUCUCAGGGGUGUUGGAAGCGUGCCUCCGGAAAAGCAUUCCUCCCUCUGAAGGUGACAGGAAACUGUCAAUGCCAUGAUGAAUGUUCUCCUUGCCCCUCUUUUGUGAUGUGUUUACAUAUCCCCACGAGUGGGAGGAAUUAAUGCAUUUUCUUAACAGAAGCAUACUAAUAAUAUACUCUGGAAAUCGUUAACACUCCCCGGCACAAUCUACACAACUGCAGAUGCAGCUGUGUCUCUGUUCUGGAACGUGAUCCACAUACACUGUAAUUCUUUCUUAUUAGUGCACUUACUCAAAAUACAGAUGGAGGAUGAUAAGCAGGAGUGGUAACAAUUACAGAUAGAUGAACUUUGACCUAUACAGUUUGGGUUUUGCCCUGUUAAUGGAAACAUAGAGCUAAGGUAAAUAUAAAACAGUUCUGGCAUUCCAUCUCUCAAAUCCUAGAUCUAUGAUACUUUGCCAUCCUCGGACAAAAGCAAUAAUAUGACCUAAAUACUUGGUUUUAAAUAAGCAUACCUGCAUUAGCUUAGGUUGAAAAAACCGCUUAGCAUAAAAAGUGGUGCAUUCAGUAUCCAAGUUCAGCAUUCAGAGUUGUAUGUACUACUGCUGAGCCAUCUAAUAUCUUUUUAGCAUUUAUUUCCAUCGACUUUUCAAGAGGAUUUUUUUUGUAAGGUUGACCUUAAUAUAAAGGUCACUGUCUGCUUCCCAUGUGUGCCAUUCGCUGCAUGAUCUGCUUAUCCACUCAUGAUGUUUAUUGUUUCCCAAGGCAAAACAUAUGGCUCACACAAAAAAGCACAGAAAGAUACAAAAAAAAAAAAAAACA